UACAGCAGCACUGAGACUGAAGGACAGCUUUUGAAUUCUUUUGUUCAGUACUUUGGUGAGAGCCUUGGGAGGAAGAUUAAAAGAAUGCCUUUAAUUGAAGAAACUGUUCUGCCUGGGGACUCCCUUCUUACUCUGCCUGUAGUAAUAAUAGGAAAUGGACCUUCAGGAAUUUGCCUUUCUUACCUGCUCUCUGGAUACAGGCCAUAUUUGUCUCCUGAAGCUAUACACCCAAACCCCAUCCUACAUACAAAAUUAGAAGAAGCUCGACACCUUUCCAUUGUUGAUCAAGAUCUGGAGUACCUGUCAGAAGGCCUGGAAGGACGCUCCUCAAACCCAGUUGCAGUGCUUUUUGAUACAUUGCUUCACCCUGACGCUGACUUUGGUUAUGACUACCCACCUGUUCUGCACUGGAAGUUAGAACAACACAAUUACAUUCCCCACAUAGUGCUUGGAAAAGGACCACCUGGUGGGGCUUGGCAUUCUAUGGAGGGCUCUAUGCUAACCAUUAGUUUUGGAGACUGGAUGGAAUUGCCAGGCCUCAGCUUUAAGGAAUGGGCAGCUAGCAAACGCAGAAAUAUAAAGAGUGAUCGAGUAAUGCCAGAAGAAAUAGCUUGUUAUUAUAAACACUAUGUUAAAGUCAUGGGCCUCCAAAAGAAUUUCAGAGACAAUGUUUACAUAACAUCAGUGUCCAGGCUUUACCGAGAAAAGGAUGAUGAGGAUAGAAGUGACCAAAAUGAAGAUAUUUCAACACAACAUUUGGAAAUGGAAGAUGGACAGAAAUCACUUAUUAAGAGAAACUGGGAAGUCAGAGGAUAUCAGCGAGCAACAGAUGGUUCUCAUGUGCCCUUCUGCCUCUUUGCUGAGAAUGUGGCUCUUGCAACUGGAACCUUUGAUUCUCCUGGCCGACUGCAAGUAGAGGGAGAAGACUUUCCUUUUGUCCUCCAUUCCAUGUCUGACUUCGGAGCUGCAAUCAGCAAAGGAAAGUUACGUGGGAAGGCAGACCCUGUGUUGAUUGUGGGUGCUGGACUAACAGCAGCUGAUGCAGUGCUAUGUGCCUAUAACAACAACAUCCCAGUAGUCCAUGUGUUUCGUAGAAGAGUUACCGAUACAAGCCUAAUUUUCAAACAGUUACCUAAAAAGCUUUACCCUGAAUACCAUAAGGUCUAUCAUAUGAUGUGUACUCAGUCUCAUACUGUGGACUCUAAUCAACAUUCUGCUUACACUAGUUUUCCUGAACACAAUGUACUUUCCUUCAAGCCUGAAAUGAAAUGUGUCCUUCAGAGUGCCUCCGGACUGAAGAAAAUCUUGAAGUUUUCUGUAGCCUUAGUUCUCAUAGGUUCUCAUCCAAAUCUUUUCUUUUUAAAGGACCAAGGACAUAGCAUAGGUCAUCACUCUAAUCAGCCCAUCACAUGCAAGGGGAAUCCUAUAGAGAUUGAUCCAUACACUUACGAAUGCACUAAAGAAGCCAACCUCUUCGCUUUAGGGCCUCUGGUGGGAGACAACUUUGUACGGUUUUUAAAAGGAGGUGCACUGGGCAUUGCACGAUGCUUGGCAAUAAGACAAAAGAAGAAACACGAAUUGAUUGAAAGUGGGGAUGGAGGAGGUGAUGGGGUACCAUAAAUGAGACAUUAGAAACUCUCACAUCCGGGAUUUCAGAUGUAGUCUUAACAGAAAACUCACUGGCAGCAAAAGUUGAUAGCAGUCACAUUUCUGUUGUAUACAAGUAACCUGCGCUUGUAUUGCUUGGUAAAGGAUGCUGAUAUUACGAUACUCGACUCUUUAAAAAUACAAAUAUUUCAACUGAUGUCAACUGGAAUUGCUUCCAGAUAAACAGAAAAUGAGACUAACUUAUCUUGGCCUGCCUGUCUGUCAUCUCUUGCUCAACUACAAGAGCAGACUUUGUCUGUCAAAGGCAAUGCCUGCCAGAGUGGGUUUACAUUUAAGUGUCAAAUGUGACAGAAGUACUCUUACCAUGAAAUUUAAAUAACUUCUAAAAGCAGAAAGCUUGUUUGGUACGAAGGGGUUCUUUGUCCCAAAGCAAAUACGGAGCCUUCUGCUUGAAACAAGGAUUUUAUUUAUUUGCCACAGUAAUACUUGGAAUGAGCACUUAGUAAAAUGGUUUCUACUGUAAGAAGGACUUCUGUAAGCAAGAAGUAAUCCUCAACGGUUUAAAAUUAUUCUGGUAAUUGGAAUAAAAGAAUAAGCAUUCCAAUUUACUCUUUAACGAUUUGACCCAAUCCAUUAAUGUUUCUUCACACUAUGCCUAGAGUUGGGUGAGUGCACAAAGACUAACAUGACAUGUUCCCCUACAGUGAUAUGUACAUUUCUGAGAAUACACAUUAACAUAAACAAUAAAGUACUGAUGUAAGUGCUCUUAUUACAGUGUCAAUAUCAUGAAUAUCUAGUAUACUAUUGAAAAAUUAAGUACAUGAGAGAAUUAAGGUGUUUUUGCUUGCAAGCUCAGGAAGAUUGAAUGGGAUCACUUGGCUGAUGAAGGUGGGGUGGGUGAUAGAUAUUCUCAUCUCCCAUUUGACCAAAAAUUGUUGUUUUUUUUUUUUCCUAGAGCAGUGCAUGAUAAUUAAAUAUUUUAGCCUGCAGUUUUUGAAACUUAAGGAAAACUUAUAUCUUACAGCCAGCUAAAAAAUAAGCCAAUCUCAAAACAAACAUGCAAUAGUUCCUUUAAAUCUUAAAGCUUCUAAUGAAAGACAAAGACAACUUGUAUCUACCUCUGAAUCCACAUUUCAUCUUUCUGCUUCAUAAUGUAAGACCUAGAUUUCAUUUGCUGGGUUUUACAGUAGUUAGUUUACCUGAACACAGUCGUAAGUUAUUUACCAUAGUGAGGUAAAGUUAGGAAAAUGAACUUAGAAUAGACAAAAAUGUUUUUUUACCAAAUGUUUUAAUUCAGGUCCAAUGUGAUGGAAAAGAUGUUCUUUUUCUGUUAGGGUUUUUUUUGUGUUAAAGAAUGCCGUGUUAAUUUCAAGUUUUCUGUUUGCAUGAUUAAAAAUCUCCAUAUUAGAACAGCUUUAAAAAAAAAUUUAAAAAGUUAAGCUUUGUGAGUGGUUGCUGGUUUCCCAGCUGUCUUAACUUUCAUGAGUGGCAGAUUGCUAUAGUCAAUAAAUGCCUGUUUUCUGUGCCUAUUUAAUUACAUGGUUCUGUGGCUACUGCAAGUCAUUAUGCAUCUGAGUAAGUUAUUCAGAUUUUUGACAUAAAAGUUGAAAAGGUAAAGGACACAAGGAUUAAAAUUACUAUUUUCAGUGGAAGUCCAAAAUAAUUUACGAAAUUAUGCUACUACUACUAAUAAAUUUUACGCUAGAGCCACUUAACAGCAUAAACACAAACAAAGGAGCAUUUCUGUCAAUUUCUGCAUUGCCCACAUGGUUGGCUUUAG